AUGGAGAUCGGAAUGAGGAAGCUCUCUUCUGCAUCGGCUCUGAUCUUCCUAACAUUGAUCUCUGUUACAAUCGCUACCUCGGAGGUCCCUUUCAUGGUGGUCCACAAGAAGGCUUCUCUCUCUACUAUCAAAUCAGGAACACAACGCGUCUCCGUCACCAUCGACAUCUACAAUCAAGGAUCCUCGUCAGUAUAUGAUGUAAAUCUUGCAGAUGAUAAUUGGAAUUCAAAUCUCUUUGAGAUUGUUAAUGGCAAUACUUCAAAAUCUUGGGAAAAGCUUGAUCAUGUGUAA